GCGAUUUUUCAAAAUGGUGGUGUGGGGGGAAGGCGGUCCCCGCCGGGCCCUGGCGCGGGGAAGGAGCGGCCUGGGGCGCGGCGGGCAGAGGGCGCGGCCAUAAUGGGGCGCCGCGGCCGCGCUUCGGAGGGGAAAUCAUAGCGAGGACGCGGGGGGAGCGGCCUGCACGAUGGCGACCUGCAUCGGCGAGAAGAUAGAGGAUUUCAAGGUGGGGAACCUUCUGGGGAAGGGCUCCUUUGCCGGUGUCUACAGGGCGAUAUCCCUAAAAAACGGCCUGGAAGUAGCCAUCAAAAUGAUAGACAAAAAGGCCAUGCACAAAGUUGGAAUGGUACAGAGAGUUCAAAAUGAGGUGAAGAUACAUUGUCAAUUAAAACAUCCAUCUAUACUUGAGCUUUAUAAUUAUUUUGAGGAUAGCAACUAUGUCUACCUGAUACUGGAGAUGUGUCACAAUGGAGAAAUGAGCAGAUAUCUAAAAAACAGAAUGAAACCUUUCUCUGAAGAAGAAACACGACACUUUAUGCAUCAGAUUAUCACGGGGAUGUUGUAUCUUCAUUCUCAUGGAAUAUUGCAUCGGGACCUUACCCUUUCUAACCUUUUACUCACCAGUAAUAUGAACAUCAAGAUUGCUGAUUUUGGACUAGCAACACAAUUGAAAAUGCCAAACGAAAAACAUUAUACAAUGUGUGGAACUCCUAAUUACAUUUCUCCAGAAAUAGCCACACGGAGUGCACAUGGACUUGAAUCUGAUGUGUGGUCUUUGGGAUGCAUGUUCUACACUCUCCUAAUUGGGAAACCACCUUUUGACACUGACACAGUCAAGAAUACAUUGAAUAAAGUAGUAUUAGCAGAUUAUGAGAUGCCACCUUUUUUGUCAGGGGAGGCUCAAGACCUUAUACACCAGUUACUUCGCAAAAACCCAGCAGAUCGUUUAAGUCUUUCUUCUGUGCUGGAUCACCCUUUUAUAUCCAGAUGUAACUCAGCACGAAGUAAAGAUUCAGGAACUGUGGAGGAUUCAAUGGACAGUGGAAAUGCCACAAUCUCUACAGCCUUUACUGGCUCUUCAAGUGUCAGUAUAAGUGGUUGCUUGAAGGAAAAGAAGAGGCUUUUAGUUGGUCAGCCGCUCCCAAAUAAAAUGACUCUAUUUCCUAAAAAUAAAAAUUCCAGUGACAUUUCAUCUGUGGGUGGAAGCACUUCUUAUAAUCACUGGGGAAUUCAGGGAAAAGAAACUGGCAUAAGUGGUAGAGGAAGAACUAUGCAACUCUCUGAAGAGAGGCCACAUUCACGUUAUCUUCGGAGGGCCCAUUCUUCUGAUAGGUCUGGUACAUCUCACAGUCAGACACAAGGAAUAGCAAAUGCUGUGGAGAGAUGCCAUUCCAUAGAACUGCUUUCAACGACCAGAAUAGGAGUGAUGGAAAAUACAGAAAGAUUUUCACCUGUAAACAGCUAUGGUGAUAUUCCCCCUAUAUUUAAAGAUACAACUUCCUGCAGUUCUGGUUCUUUUGAAAGACAUACAUCUCCAUCUGUGAAAGACCAAACACACUCAAAUUAUCUCUGUCCAAUGAAGCCCAGCAUUGGUUUAUUAGAACAGAAGUCCCAGACUGAAACAAUGCAGCAGUGGCUUGGAAGUGUUCAGACAAAUGCUCAGCUGAAAGAACCUCUGGAGCACAUCAAUACUGAUAAUGCAAAUGGAGGUUUCAGAUACCAUCUAGGUGUGCAGCAAGAAACAUCAAGGAAUGCCUGGAAGAGCUUAAAAGAUAAAACAAAUCCUAAUGUUCCCAUUGAUAGUGCACUUUCUAUAAAGCAGAUCCAUACAAAGAAAUACACGUCUGGACUUCAGUGUAUAUCUGACAAAGCUCAACCAGCAUCUGCAUUUGGUCUCUGUCCAACUUCAGAACAAGGAAAAACCAGGGGCAAAGAAUUAUUAGGACACCAGAAACUUACACUGCAAAGUAUUGUCUCUCCUCUGAAUGCUCACAGGCUAAAGUCAAUCAGACAAAAAACAAAAAAUGCAGUGGUGAGUAUUCUAGAUACAGGAGAAGUUUGUAUGGAAUUUCUAAAAGAACUCCAUUCCCAACAUCUUGUGAAAGAAGUUCUCAGAAUAUCUUGUGAUGGAAGUGUGAUCACAGUUUAUCAUCCAAAUGAAGGAAGAGGUUUCCUUCUUGAUGAUGCACCUCCUUCUCCUCCUGAAGAUGUCCUUAUGUACAGAUUUGACAACUUGCCAGAAAAGUACUGGAAAAAGUACCAGUAUGCAGCCAAAUUUGUACAGCUAGUAAGAUCCAAAACGCCAAAAGUUACCUUCUAUACAAGAUAUGCAAAGUGUAUGCUGAUGGAGAAUUCACCCGUUGCAGAUGUCGAAGUUUGUUUUUAUGACGGGGCAAAAAUACACAAGACAUCAGGUAUUAUUCGAGUGAUAGAAAAAUCUGGAAAGUCUUACACUUUGAAGGAAGAAAGUGAAAUUGGCCUGAAGAAGGAUAUACAAGUAUAUAUGGAUCAUGCAAAGGAGGGACACCGUAUUUGUCUUGCAUUGGAAGCUGCUGUUUUGGAAGAAGAAAAAAGGAGUGAAAGUGUUCCUUUUUUCCCCAUAAUUGUUGGAAGGAAGCCAGGUAACACUGACUCUCCAAAGGCUUUGGCACCUCCCUCUCCGCUAGUGGGUGUAAACUGCACAGCGAGCGAUACUAUCUCAGUGGAUAGAAGUACAGUUGUGAGCUCUACUCCUAGUCAUGCUCCCAACAUAAAUCCUUCUAUAUCAUAUGAAGGCUCUGCGUUCACAGCUACCAUUCCUGAAACAGUCUGCUUCUCCAAUCAACAAAAGGACUGUAGUCCAAAUUCCGCCCACCUUUUAAAGUCUGUCUUUGUGAAAAAUGUUGGUUGGGCUUCUCAAUUGACUAGUGGAGCAGUAUGGGUUCAGUUCAAUGAUGGAUCCCAGUUGGUAGCACAAGCGGGUGUGUCUUCUAUCACUUACACAUCUCCAAAUGGGCAGACAACAAGGUAUGGAGACAAUGAGAAAUUACCAGAAUACAUCAAAGAGAAGUUGCAUUGUUUGUCUUCAAUUCUUGUGAUGUUUACCAAUCCAGCUGGCCCUCGCUGACUAACAUAAGGCAAUUCUUUGGGCAUGAAGGCUUAAUGAAUAACUUGCUGGCAUUCAAGUAAAGUGACUGAUUUAUUCAGUUUACCACUCAUAGUUCAGAAAUUCUACUGGCUGCUAAACAGCAGGAAGGAAAGCCCAUCAUUUGUGAAAUACAUCUUUCAAAUCCUGUAAUAUUUUCCUCGGAUGACACAAGUGUUCUGCACGACUGAUUCUGGGCAAUCUCUGAGACUUAACCCAUUAUUUUUCAGGAAUUCUUUACUUGAAAAAUCAAUUGGAAGUGUACAUAAGGUUUUUGUAUGUGUUUUCCCCACUGCUUAGUAGUCAAUACUAGCAAUUAAGGAGAAAGUAUUUGUGCUAUUGAAAUAUUUGUUACCUGUAAAUAUUUUAUGUGGCUUACAAGUAAUAUAUGUAAAAAUAUAUUGUUUUAUACUUGUUUUAUAUUUUUGUAGCAACAGCUUCUAAUGAAAUUUCCCUGCAAAAGCAUUUUAUAUAUAAAAAUAAAUGCAGUGGUAAUUGUCCAGAUCAUUUGGUUUAUUUAAUGAAAAAGUUGUCUAAAGCAUUCUCAGAUGGUGACACACUGAGUAAAAGGUACAACUUCAGUUACAUUCUGAUACUGAACAACAUCCACGUGCAUAUCGUCUGAAUUUGGCCCACUGAGUCCAAGGGUGUAUAGGGUCUAGAAUAAUGUAGCACUAUAUUAUACAAAUGUGAGGCUUUCUAGGCCAUGCCUUCUAAUUUGCAUACUGAUAGUGGAAAAAUUCAAGUUGUGCCUACUCAGAAUCGUUAUCUAACUUGUACUUUGUUUGGAUAUAGAUCUCCUCUGCAUUUGGCCUCCUGCUCUUGUGCUGAAUUGUAUUCUUAAGUUUGCUGAAGGGAAAUUUUCAAAAUGUUGUAAGUACUACAUCAGUCAACUCUUGCAUUGUAAAUGCUGUUACACAGGUUGACUCUCCCAAAUCUGGGACAGUGGUCUGGCAACAUGCUGAAGUCAAAGCCCCAGGAGUGAGAGCCAGCUGGGAGAAUGCAGGAUCUGCAGAAUCCUGGCUAGUCCUGCAGUGGCUAGGCAGGGAAACCCUUGGUGUCAGCAGAGCCAGGUGGUGUUGGGGAGCCUCCAUCCUGGCCAGGCAGCUGGAGAGCACCUGGCAGCAGGAUCGUUAGUGGCUAGACAGCUGUGGCUGGAGAAGUCCUGGAACUCCCUGGGAGCAGUGGACAGGAAACCCCCGGUAGUAAUGGGGCUACAGGAGCCCUGGGCAGCGGGGCCAGGUGGCAGCAGCGAAGUCCCAGGGGGCAACAGAACCAAUGGCAGUUUGAGAGCCCCAGAGAGAAGGUGUUGGCAGCAGGGCAGCCAGUAGGGGAGCACAGACCUCCCCCAGUCCAGCAAGCUCUCUAGUCUAGGACAGCUCAUGUCCCAAGGGUGCCAAAUGAGAGAGGUCCAACCUGUAGUUCAAAAUAUAGCUAGAGUUAGGUUUUUCCCUAUAUCAGACAAUGCACGUUCUGGGAUGUGUGAUCUAAAUCAGCCAUUUAAGUGGAAUCAGAGCACAAUUCUGUUUAAUUUUUUAAAAUAUAAACAUACUACUUUAGUGUCAUUUUAAUUUUAGUUGGCAACUGUGGCACAAUGAAUUAGUACACAAAAAAUACAGGAACUUUAUUUUUGAGUCAAUAAUAGAUUCUUAAAAUGAAGUAAUAAAUAUUUAAUUGCACCUUUUAGAACAGGGAGAACUUACUGAUCAAACUUUCUGCUUAGUACCAGAAAAAGCAGCAGGUGUCUAGAUUUACAAGUGAAGACUUUUUAAAGUGGGCAGGAUCUCAAAGCUGCUAAAGAAGAACAGCUUUAACUUAUCUACUAUAACUGUGGAAAUGGGUAGAUGUACUGAUCUCAGAUCAGUGUCAGUAAAAUAAAGGAAUAUUUGAAGUAAUCAAAUUCGUGUGAAUUCAGCUCCAGCUAGGGUGAGUGGCCUAAUAUAGUAACCUCUUUGGGAUAAAUUCAGAGCUUGCUCACUGUUAGUUUGUCAUGAACUAAGUUUUAGAAAUGAUUUCUCAAACAGAGGUAGAUUAAAGUAAAUCUACCUUAUGAAGUAAAAUAGGUGUGUCUAUACUCAGUCACAUGUUCUUCACAUGAAAGGGUGUCCCAUAUGCUUGUAUGGGGGUGUGCAGAGGAGGGAUAGAAGCCCUAAAGUUGCAUAUCUUUACAGCCUUAAAGCUAAUAAUGAAAGUGUGGUUGGCCACUCUUGGAAUUGCUUGGAUGGUGGGAAGGACACAUGGUGAUGGGUCUUAAAGAAUGGCAAUCUGACAUUUCUCAAUAUUAAUAAAGCAACUGUUUUUCUACUUUCACUU